CACAAGUGUUCCAGGUGUAUUCAUAUACUACUUGCAAUUUUACAAACAUAUAUCCUUUCUUGCUGUAACUUUCUUUCGAAAUUAAAGAAUGGGCGCUCUUGACUAUCUCUCCAACUUCUGUACUGUCACCAGCACCAGAGGCAAACGGAAGGCAAUGCAGACAGUUGAGAUCAAGGUGAAAAUGGACUGUGAUGGCUGCGAAAGAAGAGUUAAGAACGCUGUCAAAACCAUGAAAGGGGUAAAAAAUCUGGAUGUCAACCGGAAGCAGAGCCGAGUGACAGUGAGCGGAUACGUUGAUCCGAACAAAGUGUUGAAGAGAGUAAAGAGCACAGGGAAGAGAGCAGAGUUCUGGCCAUAUAUACCAUACAACUUAGUAUCAUAUCCCUAUGUUGCUGGAGCUUAUGACAAGAGGGCUCCUGCUGGCUUUGUCAGAAACGUGACUCAGGCUGUUCCUCCUUCGAAUGCUACAGACGAGAAGAUUACUCAUAUGUUUAGUGAUGAUAACCCUAAUGCUUGUUCCAUUAUGUGAUGACUUGAGCUUUACCAGUAUGCUUAUUGUAAUUAAGUAAUUAAACAUGCAUCCUCUGAUAUUUUCCCUUAUAUUCAGUUUUUUUCAUGUCAAGUGAAGUGACACGGUUUCAGGGGAAUGAAACUUAAGUAUUCAAGACUA